CCCUCUCUCAAUGAACCUCUCUAGAAAGAGAGAGGAAGGUGGAACAAGAAAGCGCGGAUCUCUCCCGUCCGGCAGCUGAGACAUGGGCCAAGACGUGGUGGGCAGGAGGGGGGGAGAAGCUAUCAGGUACAAUCUGAGGAGUGAGGACUAGACUAUCCCCCUGACCUCCACUUCCAUUUCAGUGGAUGAGCCAAAACAUCCACAAAGGAAAAGAGGUUCCUGACAAAUUGGAGUAUCCAUUCUAAAAUGAGAUGUGCUGGUAUGUCCUGGAGAAACACUUGUGCUGCUUGACUAAACACUCCCAUCAGAGAAAGGAGUUCUGGAGGGACUCGAUGUUAAUUGAUGCUGAGAGGAAGCUAAAUGCAGAGAGCUUCUCUCACCUGAAACAGAACAUGGAGGAGGACCCAUGUGAAGGGCGCGUACGGCCUGGGCGGAGAGAGCGCGCCUCCCCAGACGUCCCCUGCUCCCCCGCCUGUAAUGCAGCCACCAGCACAGCACCCCGCCCCCUCAGGCAGACCCCCGCUGUCCCGCUCUUGGACUGCCCCAAGACCCCGUCGGGUUCGCCCGUGUCCGAGCCCUCAGGGAAGUGGGCGCACCUGACAGAGCAGGAGCUCAAGGGCCUGAAGGCUCUGGUGGAGAAGUUGGAGUCUCUCCCCGAAAAUAAGAAGAGUGUUCCGGAAGGCAUGGACAACCCCCAAGCCCUGCUGGAGGACAUGAAGGUUGCCUUAAAGGAACAUGGAGAGGAUGAGGCUAAGCUAGCCCUGGCUGGAAUGCCCGUUGUGUGCUGGCCCAAGAAACCGGCAAAGCAGCGGCCUGCCAACCGCCCCAAGCCCAAGAUGGCGGGAUCCACCACCGUCAAGCUGCCGGCGAGCCGCUCCACGUCAGGGGCACGCAGACGCAGGACACGGUGCCGCAAGUGCGAGGCCUGCCUGCGGACCGAGUGCGGGGAGUGCCACUUCUGCAAGGACAUGAAGAAGUUCGGCGGACCGGGACGCAUGAAGCAGUCCUGCAUCAUGAGGCAGUGCAUCGCGCCUGUAUUGCCCCACACUGCGGUGUGCCUGGUCUGUGGAGAGGCGGGGAAAGAGGACACAGUGGAGGAAGAGGAGGACAAGUUCAAUGUCAUGCUGAUGGAGUGCUCCAUCUGCAAUGAGAUUGUGCAUCCUGGCUGCCUGAAGGUCAAAGACGCAGGUGGAGUAGUGAAUGACGAGCUUCCUAACUGCUGGGAAUGUCCCAAAUGCAAUCAUGCUGGGAAGACGGGGAAAGCCUACAAGCAAAAAAGAGGCCCUGGGUUUAAGUAUGCCUCCAACCUUCCCGGAUCCCUGCUGAAGGAACAGCGUCCGAACCGUGACGUGAAGGAUGAAGUCGACCUAGCCAGCCCUGCGGUCGCCGUGGUCCCCACCGCCAAGAGGAAAGCCGAGAGGGAGGAGACCCCCAAGCGUAAGCCUGAGGAGCCCCCCAAGAAGCGGCCGUCCCUCCCACUGCCGGACGGCCUGCUCCAGCCCAGGUCUGAGGAGAACCCGCUCAGGAAGAAGAGGAAGCUCUUUGACAAGGACCCAGACCCCGUCAUACGGAAACGGAGAAAAUCCUGGAAGUCCGAUGACCCCCUGAUACCCAAGCUGCUGAGGCAGAUCAAGACGGAGCAGGAGGAGGACGAGGAGGACAGGGAGCUGGAGGAGAGGGAGUCGGACCGCGAGCAGGGGCCAGAGGAGGAGGAGGAGGAGGAAGAAGAGGAGGAGGAGGAAGAGGAGGAGGAUGAGCAGGAGGAAGGCACAGGAGAGGCGGAGGAAGAGGGGGCAGAGGAAGCCGAUGAGGAGGACACAGGGGAGGACCUGCUGAGCCCCCCGGUCAGGACGCCGGCCCGAGAGAGCGACCAAUCGCGCUCCAGCUCCCCGAGGGCGGGCCCCAGCAGCGAGGGCGAGCAGGAGAAGGGCCGUAUGCGCGCACGCCGCAAACGCAAGCUCCCCAACAAAGAGCUGAGCAAGGAGCUGAGCAAGGAGCUCAACCAGGAGAUCCAGAAGACCGAGGACAGCCUGGCCAAUGAGAACUGCCAGCCCCUAAAGUCGGAGCCCGAGAGCGAGAACGAGGAGCCCAAGCGGACCCUUGUGAACAACGGCGGCGACCUGGCCGCCGACCGCCUCCGCCUGAAGAGCCGGGAGAUGAACGGCGGUCCGAGAGAGCUGCGCCUCCACCCCAACCUCCAGCAGCUCUCCCCGCUGGGCCUCAAUCGCAGCUCGCAGGGCGUGCGGCCCCCGCCCUCCCGCUCCCCUCCCAAGUGCGUCCAGAUGGAGCGCCAUGUCAUCCGGCCCCCACCCAUCAGCCCCCCACCCGACCGCCUGCCCCUGGUGGACGGAGAGACGCACGCGCUGCGGCGCGAGGUGUGGAUGGCCAUCUUCGGCCACCUCCCCCACAGAGAGCUGUGCGUCUGCAUGCGUGUCUGCAAGACCUGGAACAGAUGGUGCUGUGACAAGAGGCUGUGGACCAGGAUAGACCUGAAUCGCUGCAAAUCCAUCACUCCACUCAUGCUCAGUGGCAUCAUCCGCAGGCAGCCCAUGUCUCUGGACCUGAGCUGGACCAACAUUUCAAAGAAGCAAUUAAGCUGGCUUAUUAACAGACUGCCAGGCCUCAGGGUGCUGCUCCUGUCCGGGUGCUCGUGGGUGGCGGUGUCCGCUCUCUGCACAUCCAGCUGCCCGCUGCUGCGCACCCUGGACGUCCAGUGGGUGGAGGGACUGAAGGAUGCCCAGAUGAGAGACCUGCUCUCACCCUCAACCGACAACAGACCAGGUCAGAUUGACAAUCGAAGCAAACUGCGGAAUGUGGUGGAGUUGCGGCUGGCGGGUUUGGACAUAACGGACACCUCGCUUCGCCUCAUUAUCCGACACAUGCCUUUGCUCUCCCGACUGGACCUCAGCUACUGCAACCACAUAACAGACCAGUCCAUUAACAUUUUAACUGCAGUGGGAACGACAACUCGGGAUUCCCUUACAGAAAUUAACCUGUCAGUUUGCAAUAGAGUCACAGACCAAUCCCUCAUCUACUUCAAGCGGUGCGGGAGCAUCUGUCACAUUGACUUGCGCUACUGCAAACAGGUGUCCAAGGAGGGCUGUGAACAGUUCAUAGCAGAGAUGUCCGUAAGCGUGCAGUUUGGACUCAGAGAGGAGAAAUUACUGCAGAAAAUCAGCUAGUUAACACUAGCGCGUGCAGAGAGAAAAAAAAUAAACCUGUCGUUUUGUUUCCUGUGGUAUUUCUGUGGACAGUAUCCGGAGCAGAAGCCAACAUGGUUUUACAAACUUGAGUUUGUGGAAAAGAAGGAUUUUUUUCCGCUUAUGGGGGGAAAGCAUGAACAGUAUGAUAACAUGUGAAGAGACAUGGGAAAUGUUUUAUUGGCAGCAGCGUUCAAGCUUCUCUGAAGAUGUUGCCAUCCCCCAGAUACCCAAGGAAUCAGGUGGGAACACAUGUACAGCGAAUGCUGGCAAAUUCCCACAAUGCGCAUUACCAGUGUGUGGGACCUCAGAGCGCUGGUUCCAGAGGAGAGACUGUAAUAAACAAAUAAGUAAAAAAGCAUGUUUUUUUCCUUUUUAUACUGUAAGAUUCUACAAGCCUUCUAAGUUAUAAAAGUCACAUUGUGUUUAAGAAAAACAAGGACCACAAUUAUUGUAGUUCCUUUUUUUAUUUGUUUGUUCAUACAUUUUUUUCUUUUCAUUUUUUACAAUGCAAACCUCAUGCAUCGUGCUGAAAUAUUUUUGUAUCGAAAAGUGUUUUAAGCUCUAUAUAUGCAGUAUUGGAUGCACACUGGUGUACCAUUUUGAUUUUCAAUUUCUCAAUCUGCACCAUUGUUUUUCUUUGGCUGACUUUAUCCUGUACUUCAGAGUUAUGCCUGUACUAGCUUGUCCAGAUGGAGGUGUUAAUAUAUUAAUUUAUCCUGUGGUGUUCCUAUCUGACAUGGGUAAUCCAACGUGUCAGUACAAAGUUACUUUAUCUCUUUCUUAUUACUAUAUAUUAUUCAGUCUGUUUCAAUGUGUUUAUACCUGGGAAUUCUAGGAAAACUAUUUGCACUGUUUGACUUGAAUAAAUACAGCUAUUUUUUUCCAAGGA